GGACAAACCUGCUCCAUCCUUCAUAUACAAGGUCAAACAAAAACCAAAAGUGAUGAAAAGCAGCGAUGUUAAGCCGCUAUUUAAAUUUACCAGGAAAAGAAAGGAGUACGAAGAGAGCAUACGGUGCGAUGCUAUGGACAGCAAAUUUUUUGUGGACGGUGGGGCGGUAAGCAAUUUGGAGGGAAAAAAUGGUAAAAGGGCUAACAGCACCGAAAAGUAGUGAAAUGAGGAGAAGAGAUGCAAUGAGACGGAGAAUGGUGAGCGGUCAAAACGCAAAAGAUUGCGUGAAUGAUGUUCUUGAGGUUGAAGAAAAGAAGGAAAUAGGCGCCAUGGUUGGAAAGCGGUCUGUGAAACAAAAUAUCAGGAGGUAUGAGAGUAAGAGAGAAAAUGAGCACAAAAUAAAUGGUAAUUGCGAGGUAGCAGAUAACAUUCUAGUUCAACAAAAACAAGUAUUAGCUACUAAUCAACCAAGUGGUGUGUCACAGCAGAUCAAUGAUGAUGUGGUGCUUAUGGACGAUGUAUUGGUAAAAAAGUUUAAAUGUGCAAACAUCGAUGAGAAGUGCUAUAAGACCGUGGUUAAAAAGGAAUUACGUGAUCAAAGUGUUGAUGUGAGCGGUGCCAGAACGUCUGUGAAUGCUACGGUGACAGGAAUCAAAAUAGUUAAUGAUGUAGCCGUCCAACACAAAGUCGUAACAAAUGGCAAAAUGAUCGGUGAUGUCGUAAGUCAAGACGUAAAUGUACGUAGUUCUGCUCCUUUACCCGCAUCCGUGAGAACCAAGAGCAACAUAAAUGCCAACAGAACAUCACCGCUAAAAUACUUCCUUUUUCUGGACAAUAGCGAUUCUGAGGAGAAGAGAAUAAACCAGAUCAUAAGAAUGAGCUUGGAUUAUCUUUCUGAGCAGGAAGAGUCUUUCAAAAACUUGGACCUAAAGAUAGAACUGGAUGACAAGAUAGUACAGGAGAAAAUAAAGGGGGUAGAAUGUGAAAUUGAAAGAUGCAAAUGUGAAAUAGAAAAAUGGGAAAAAAUAGGAAAGGAAUGCGCAGCGAGCUGCCUUAAAGAAGGAAUAAAAUUGGGAAGAAUGAGCAAAAGUACGCGACAUGAGGAAGAAGAUAGGACCGAUAGCAGGGUUUUAACCGAACAAAAUAGAGAAAGGAUAAAGAAGCUGGCGCUCAUGAUGAAUAAGUAUAUAGAGGCAUGCAAGAACGGGUGCGAGGAAAUUUACAGGAAAAUGUUUGCGAUGGUCAAGGGUUCCGAUUUGGACCCCUUGCUAGUUUUGAAGACUUUGGCCAAGUUAAAGCGAGUGGAUGAGUAACACGGACAUUGUAUUAUUAGCGAU